AUGACCACAUUCUCCACCGAUGCGAAGACGGAGUCAAACACGCCUCUUUACCUUGCAAACUCGGCCUCAUCUCCCAAUGUUUCAUACCAUUACAAUCCAACCAUCAGUCAGUACCAUUAUGGACCUCAUCAUCCCAUGAAACCGUUCCGGUUGAUGCUCACAGACCAUUUGGUGAUCUCGUACAAAUUGUACGAGAAAAUGGACUUGUUUACGCCGAGAAGUGCCACCAAGGAAGAACUCUUGGAGUUCCAUUCAGAGGAUUAUAUUGACUUUCUUCAGAAAGUAACGCCUGAAAUGACUGCCAAACUUUCAGACCAGAAAUUGGCUCAAUUUAAUAUAGGGGACGAUUGUCCUGUAUUUGAUGGGAUUUAUGAUUAUUCCUCUAAAUACGCUGGCGCUUCAUUAGAUGCUCUGAGGAAAUUGAUUUCUGGGAUGUCUGACAUUGCCAUCAAUUGGUCUGGUGGGUUACAUCAUGCCAAGAAGUUUGAACCCAGUGGGUUUUGUUAUGUCAAUGAUAUUGUGUUGAGUAUCUUGAAUUUACUUCGAGUACAUCCAAGAGUCAUGUACAUUGAUAUUGAUUUACAUCAUGGAGAUGGAGUACAAGAGGCGUUUUAUACCACUGAUCGAGUCAUGACCGUAUCCUUCCACAAGUUUAAUGGAGAGUUUUUCCCCGGGACUGGAUCUGUAGAUGAAGUUGGUAUUGGUAAGGGGAAGAAUUAUGCCAUCAAUGUUCCCUUGAAAGAUGGUAUUGAUGAUGAUUCAUACAUUCGUCUCUUCAAGCUGAUCAUGGAACCUUUGAUCACUAAAUUCCAACCUACUUGUAUUGUACAACAAUGUGGGGCAGAUUCCUUGGGGUAUGAUCGUUUAGGAUGUUUCAACUUGAAUAUCCGUGCACAUGGAGAAUGUGUUAAAUUCAUUCGAUCAUUUGGAUUACCUAUGCUUGUCUUGGGUGGUGGUGGUUAUACACCAAGAAACGUUUCAAGACUUUGGUGUUAUGAGACCUCGGUACUUAAUGACGUGACGUUAGACCAUAAGAUCCCCAACUAUCUCCCCACAUACGAUUGGUUUGGACCAGAUUAUCUGUUACAUCCACAACUUGAAGGACGGAUUGAUAACAAGAAUUCCAAGAAAUACUUGGAAAGCGUAAAACAUGAGGUAUUAGAACAAUUAAGAUAUUUAAAUUAUGCCCCAUCGGUACAAAUGCUGGAGAUCCCACCGGAUCUCACUGGGUUGACGGAAGAAGAAGAAGAUAUCAUCAAGGAGUUGAACGAAGAGACCACAGAGGAGAAGUACAUGAAGCGCGUCAAGGAUGAGGCCAGAGUUGGAGAAAUGGUUGAAUAG